AAAGUAAAAAAGAAAUAUAAUAAUCUGGGUGGAAGUGUAGUGAUGGUACAACUAGAACGAAGUCCACAAGGUUCCCUUGGGUUAAGUCUAGCUGGACAUCGUGAUCGUAACACUAUGGCUGUAUUUGUGGUGGGCAUUAAUCCCAAUGGUGCAGCACAUCGACUUGGUGCUGCUGGUAUACAAGUUGGUGAUGAGAUUCUCGAGGUAAAUGGAAUUGUUCUUCAUGGAAGGUGUCAUCUUAAUGCUUCUGCUAUAAUCAAGGGGCUUUCUGGACCAACUUUUAAAGUAAUUGUUUUAAGAAAAAAAUCUGCGAUAGAAGAUCUUGCCGUACGACCGAUAACACAGUUUCCGGUAACGUUAGAAGAUGAGCAAACAGCCGAAGAACGAUUCAGCAACUUCAAGAAUGUUCGCACUGUAACACUGAAAAAGGGCCAGCAAAGUUUGGGUAUUAUGAUCAUUGAAGGAAAACAUGCAGAAGUUGGUCAAGGUAUAUUUAUUUCGGAUAUUCAAGAAGGAAGUGCUGCUGAAAAAGCAGGAUUGGAUAUUGGUGAUAUGAUUUUAGCUGUUAACAAAGACACUUUAGUAAAUGCUAGUUACGAUACGGCUGCCAGUAUUUUGAAAAAGACUGAAGGUUUGGUGGUGUUAGUUGUAUGCAAUCCAAAUAAACGUACUGAAAAUGAUGCAACAGGACCAUCCGCAGGAGGUGCUGGUGCAAAAGCUUCAGCUAAACCCCCAUCCCGACCCACGAGUUCAGCUGGUAAACCAGGAGGUUUGAAGACAUCCGCACCACCUUCAAGACCUACUACACCAAUCAGUGAACCAGUUGCAGAUCCUACUACUGCCACUAUCUUACCAGGAAAAGAAACUGUGAUUGAAAUUACCACUGAAAGCAAGGCACUUGGCCUCAGUUUUGUCGGUGGCAAAGAUACAUUGUUACCUAAAGGUAUUAUUGUUAAUGAAGUUUAUCCAAAUGGUUCCUUAGCGAAAGAUGGUCGUGUUAAACCGGGUGAUCAACUUCUAGAAGUGAAUGGAGUUAAACUAGCUGAUGUUACGUACACCGCUGCCAGUUGUGCUAUAAGGCAAAUUCAACCUAAAGUAAGAUUAACAGUUUUUCGACCUGAAAAACCCGAAUAUAGUAUCAUUGACGUUGAAUUAACAAAGAAACCUGGGAAAGGAGUUGGUCUCGGUGUUAUGGCUAGAAAGACUGAACCUGGAGUUUAUAUUUCCGAUAUUUUACAAGGAAGUGUAGCUGACUUGGAUGGACGAAUAAUGCGUGGUGAUGCUGUAAUUUCCGUUAAUGGUGUUGAUUUAACAACAGCGACAGCCGAACAAGCUGCAGCAACAUUAAAAACUGCAGCUGGAAAAAUAGCAAUUAAAUUACAGCGCUAUAAACCGCCGGCACCUAGAUAACUUUUUUAAAAUCAAUCCAAAUAAAAUAAAUAAAAA